GUCAUAAUUCUAAAAGAAAAACAUUCAUAAAUUUUAUAAUUUUAUAAAAUAAUUAUUAAUUAACCAUGGAGAGCAAAGGAAUAGAAAUGGAUCAAACUCUAGCUCAAAGACUUCUCUUUGAAGGUGCUACAUUAAUUGUACUAGACAUACCUUAUGGUUCAGAAUUUGGUAUCGAUUUAAAAUCAUGGAAUACAGCAGAUAAAUUUAAAGGUAUUAAAAUGAUUCCACCAGGAUUUCACUAUGUUCAUUAUAGUGCUGUAGAUGAAUUUGGAGAAACAACACCUAAAAUUGGUUUUUUUCAUACAUUUAAGAAAUCUGAAUUUAUAGUCAAAUGUUGGGAUGCAAAAGAAGAGGACCUAAAUUCAAAAACUGUAGAUAAAAAAACAGUUGAAAAAUUGAAAAGUAAUUUGAAAGAUUUAAACAGAUUCCUAGGAUGUUACCCAUAUGAUAUAUGGUUGCAGUGGAAAGAAUUAACAAAUCAUAUUACUCCUACUCUUGCUGAACGGUGUAUACCUAUAUGCGGUUUUGUAAGAUCAGCGUUAGAAUUAGAACAUUGCACUGAUGCUGCAAGACCAAGAGGUGGACAAUCAGUUCCAAAGAAAACAAGAAGAUGUGGAAUUACUACAGAAGAGAAGGAAAAUGAACUUCUUCCUGAUAUGAAACCUAAGUCUGGUACAGAACUUCGACUUUCUAAAAUACCUGAUAAGCAUUACCCAGAUGGAGCAUCGCCAAGUGAAAUUACAAAAUAUUCUUUAGAUUCAAGUUAUGCCUUGAAUACUAUUAUUAAUAACUUAAUAUUUCCUAUAGAGAUAAUCGGUGAAGUGCAAUUAGCAUUUGCCUGUUUUCUAGUGGGACAAAGUUUUGAUGCUUUUGAACACUGGAAGAAACUUGUCUCUCUCAUCUGUGGUGCUGAUUGCGCAAUAUCGCAACAUCGCACUAUUUAUGUUGAAUUUAUGAAAGUAUUAGAAAUUCAGUUGAUGCAUGUACCUGAAGACAUACUUUGUGAUAUUGUAGCUAAUAAUAAUUUUAUAUAUCAAAAUUUGCGCAAACUAUUUGCAAAUAUUGAAAUAAAUCCAAAAUUAGAUGAACGACUAAAGUCUUGUACAAGGAGAUUUAGCAAACGAUUAUCUACAAAAUUCUUAUGGGAUUUUUCUAAUUUGCAGGAAGAGGUUGAAGAUGAUGCACCAGUUAUUGUUACAUUAGAAUAA